AAAACAAGUUAGAGGAUUGCUACAAACCAAAUAAUGGCUCAAGACUAUGACUAUCACAAUGACUAUUAUUUUUUGGGUCAAGUGAUUAACCAGUCAUCAGCUGCCUAUACACUUUCACAGCGGCGCCGCCGUAGGCCAAAGAAGCCUGGGACAAUGUCUACCAUCCAUGACAACUCGUGUCAAGGCUACGGGUGGCUUCUUCCAGGAUGGAUUGCUGAAGAGCGCCAUAUGAUCUCUGGCAAAGUUUACAGGUAUUACUAUGAUCCAUCUGGCCGUCUGUACUAUACCCAAAGUGAAGUGAUUCGCACUUGGGAAAAGAAUGGUUUAAUUCUUCUUGACAAGUGAUGGAAAAAAGAGGUAAGACUAUUCAUUCAAAAUCUAUAUUGAUUCAUU